CCCGACGCGGUGCGCAUGCGCGGUGCCCUUUGUGUCCCGGUCGGGCGGGCGGCGCGGGGCAGGCCGGGCCGCUCGGAGCGCCGCGCCGCCGCCGGCGGAGAGGGACGCGGGGAAGCCGCCUCCGCCAUGGUGAAGAAGCGGAAAGGCCGCGUCCUCAUCGACUCCGACACCGAGGAUAGCGGCAGCGAGGAGAACCUGGACCAGGAGCUCUUGUCAUUGGCCAAACGGAAACGAAGUGACUCUGAGGAAAAGGAGCCACCAGCGAGCAAACCUACAGCAUCUUCGGACUCUGAGACAUCGGACAGCGAUGAUGAGUGGACCGUUGGAGGUUCUAAAAACAAAAAAAAGGGAAAGGCGGGUAAGGCAGAGAAGAAAGGAGCCAUGAAGAAACAGAUGAACAAAGCUGCCUCUUCAGGCAGCUCAGAUAAAGACAGCUCAGCUGAGAGCUCAGCACCUGAAGAGGGAGAAGUGUCUGACUCGGAAAGCAACAGCUCCUCAUCUAGCUCAGAUUCAGAUUCUUCAUCUGAAGAUGAGGAAUUCCAUGAUGGCUAUGGAGAAGACCUUAUGGGAGAUGAAGAAGACCGGGCUCGACUGGAACAAAUGACAGAAAAGGAGAGAGAACAGGAGCUGUUUAAUCGGAUAGAGAAGAGAGAAGUGCUAAAGAGAAGAUUUGAAAUCAAGAAAAAACUGAAGACGGCAAAAAAGAAAGAAAAGAAAGAGAAAAAGAAAAAGCAAGAGGAAGAGCAGGAGAAGAAAAAACUCACACAGAUCCAAGAAUCCCAGGUCACGUCACAUAACAAAGAGCGACGAUCAAAGCGGGAUGAGAAAUUAGACAAGAAAUCUCAGGCAAUGGAGGAACUAAAAGCAGAAAGAGAGAAAAGGAAGAACAGAACAGCUGAAUUGCUUGCAAAAAAACAGCCAUUAAAGACUAGUGAAGUAUACUCUGACGAUGAAGAGGAGGAAGAGGAUGAUAAGUCUAGUGAGAAAAGUGAUCGCUCAUCCAGAUCCUCAUCCUCAGAUGAAGAAGAAGAGAAAGAGGAAAUUCCUCCUAAAUCUCAGCCAGUGUCUUUGCCUGAAGAACUGAACCGAGUACGGUUAUCGCGGCACAAGCUGGAACGCUGGUGUCAUAUGCCUUUCUUUGCCAAGACAGUCACUGGUUGCUUUGUCCGUAUUGGCAUUGGAAAUCAUAACAGCAAACCUGUUUAUCGGGUUGCUGAAAUAACUGGUGUGGUAGAGACUGCAAAGGUUUACCAACUCGGUGGUACCCGGACAAACAAAGGACUGCAGUUGCGGCAUGGCAGUGAUCAGCGUGUGUUUCGUUUGGAGUUUGUCUCAAAUCAGGAAUUCACUGAAAGUGAGUUUAUGAAGUGGAAGGAAGCGAUGUUUUCUGCUGGGAUGCAGUUACCCACAUUAGAUGAGAUAAACAAGAAGGAAGUGUCCAUCAAAGAAGCUCUCAACUACAAGUUUAACGAUCAGGAUAUUGAGGAGAUCGUGAAAGAGAAGGAAAGGUUCAGAAAAGCCCCUCCAAAUUAUGCUAUGAAGAAAACUCAGCUGUUAAAGGAGAAGGCCAUGGCGGAGGACUUGGGGGACCAAGAUAAGGCCAAACAGAUUCAAGAUCAGCUUAAUGAACUUGAGGAGAGAGCAGAGGCCCUGGAUCGUCAACGAACAAAAAACAUUUCUGCCAUCAGUUACAUCAACCAACGAAAUAGAGAGUGGAAUAUUGUUGAGUCUGAGAAGGCUCUUGUGGCUGAAAGUCACAGCAUGAAAAACCAGCAAAUGGACCCCUUUACUAGGCGGCAGUGCAAGCCCACAAUAGUGUCUAAUUCCCGAGAUCCUGCUGUCCAGGCUGCUAUCCUUGCCCAGCUAAAUGCAAAAUAUGGAUCUGGUGUAUUACCAGAUGCUCCAAAGGACAUGAGUAAGGGUCAAGGGAAGGAUAAAGAUGUGAACUCUAAAUCAGCCAGUGACCUCUCAGAAGAUCUUUUCAAAGUCCAUGACUUCGAUGUAAAGAUUGAUCUUCAGGUUCCCAGUUCUGAAUCAAAGGCACUGGCUAUCACCUCCAAGGCUCCACCAGCAAAAGAUGGUGCUCCUCGGAGAUCAUUGAAUUUGGAGGACUACAAAAAGAGGCGGGGGCUUAUUUGAGCAUGCCCACUCUGCUGCUUCUGAUCCUGCAUGCUCCAUGAUGAUGUCCUACCUUUUCUUCUUCCCCUUUCAGUUCUCCCUUCUGGGUUGGAGCAGCAAUGGAGCUGGGAAGAGACUCUUUAAAACUGCCAGUCAUCUGUAACAUAAACCAUUCAACUAUUUACUGUAUAGACCUCCCUUCUUGCCCUUUCUUCCUGCCCCCCUCACAAAUGUGGAUCUGUGCUAUUUGGGGUCUUCCCAUUUCUUUUAGUUUGAGUUCUGUUUUUAUUUUGUUGAUGCAGCUCGUUGGUCCACUCUGUGUUCAGUAUUAGCCUGAGGUGUGGAUUUCCGUAGGGAUCUCUUUUGGUGGUUGCAGAAUCAGCACUUGGUGAUCUCCCCUUACAUACCACCACAGGCACGGUGAAUAAACAUUGGCGCGAGACCUUUGUGGCUGGAAGGUCACCUGCACUUUCUUCUUCCUCCUCCUCCUUCAUUCUAGCUUUGGAGAAGGGAAUCUUCAAAAACUGGCUUAGGUUCAAAGUGUAAAUUUUUUUGGGAGGGUUGUGUGACUUUUUUUCAGGUGUUUUUUUAUCAUUUUUAAGCUGCAGUACUAUUUGUAUCAGUCUGUCACAGUUCUUUACGGCUGUUUUGAAUUUCUACCAGCUGUACUUGAGCAUCUGAAAUUGCAAGAAAGAAACUCAUUAAAUGUGAUUCUUCUUACUAAAACGGCUUGGCUGAUAUAGCUGUUUAACUUCAUGUUCUCUUCUUUAUUUACGCUUAAUUGAUGAGAGAGGUACACGGCUCUUGAUGUUGGACUUGUCAUCUAUAGCACAUCCGGAGUCUCCAGCUUUACUUAGUGAAGUAGCUCUUUCUGGGAUGUCCCUGGGGUGCUCAUUGGUUGGGCUUUAUUUUUUUCUCCCAGCCUCCGGUAUCAUGUAUUUGUUAAGUCAUCACGUCUUCAUUGGGGCCUAGCUCACAUUUGUUUCUUGCCUUGUGAACCAUUUAAACUGGGCUUCUAUGAAACAAACAUAAAAGAUUAAGAAAUAAAAUCACUUUGUGUGAAAGGGGAAGGACGCAGUAAGGACACAGUAGAAAGGUCAGCAGGUAAUAUGUGAGAGGUAGCUGAUGCAUAUUUUUCUUAUGAGAUCUGGUACAAGUGAAGUGCAACACUAGCACAAGAAUUGUAUGGCUUUAUGGAAUAUUUGACUGGACACAAGAUGACAGCUCAAUUAUCACUCAGGUGUUUAAAAAAAAAAAAAAUCGAAGUGUAAAUAAGUUACAUUUAACAAAGAGCUUUUCCAAACAAGAUGCAACUGAAUAUAUGGAGCUAAGAACUAAAUUAAAAGAGAAUUAGAAAUCUAAAAGGUUAGAGGCCCUCGUUCAGGUAAUCGUGGAAGCACGUGCUUGUUCCUACCCAGGCCAGUACGUAUAUGCUAAUUUAAGCACUGAACUGGAUAGGAAUGUUUCUGGGGACCCCAAAGAGGGAAAAUGCUGAUGCUCUCUUUGUGUCAGAGCAUUACUAUUUUUCUGACAUCAUACUCUGGUUAUGUUUAAACCUGUGUGUGAUACUACCUUCUUGUUGGAUUCUUAAUGAAACUUUAAUCUAGUUCUUAUUUAACUUUCUCUUAUUCCUUUUUAAUGGUAGCUUUAAAGAAACAUCAUGUAAUUGUGUGCAGAUUGAUACUAUGAACUGUGUAUAAAAAGAAAAUCAACAUAUGAAGCAGCUAUAAUCUACCAUGUAAAGAAAUAAUUAGGGAUGUUUCAGUACUUAUUUACUGAAUAGUCCAUAAUUCUAGGACAAAUGGAUUAUUCUGUAAAUAUGUAAUCAUAGACUGCUUUAUUUGAUGGCCUUUUCUAGCAGCUUCUCUGGAGUUGUUGUAGGCUCUCACAUAUAUGUACUUUUAACUUUUUUAAGAGUGGAUUUAUGGAAUCUACCACAAUAACUUCAUAGGAGACAUCGUAAUUCACUGUGUAGAUAUGCAUUUGAUAUGAUUUUGUUUUUUCAACAGCUUCAAUGAUGUUAACGAUUUGUAAUAAAAAAAAUCAAAACUUAUUUUGCAGUAGCCAGUUUUCAAAAUAAUCGCUCUCCAAUGCUUUGCAGAACUAAUUGCAAAAUCAAGCAGUCCAAAACUUGAUUUUCACAUGGCAGUGCCUCAGCGCUUGGGUUCAAUGGAAAGUGGUCUCUGAAGGUCGAGUUAACUCAAAUUCAGUAUUUUUAACGUGCUUGCCUUUGACUCAUGGGUAUUAGCAAGCGUCUGCACUCGGUGCUAAUGUGAGUAGGCUGUACUGCAGUAAAAAUGUCAAGACCUAUACAGUGUUGCAAGAAACUUCUAGUGGAGAUGACCAAAAUGGGAGAUGCAGUGAGUUUAGAAUGCAGAACUGAAUGAUGGACAGUGUCCUGUUUAUCUGCAACUAUCAAACUGCCACCUACCCUCUUAAAGUCUCUGGAUUCUGCUGAAAUACUGGAUUGGUUUUUGUUUGUUUGUUUUGGUUUUCUUUCUUUUUUUUUUUUUUUUUUUUUUUUUUUGAGAGAGAGAGAGAGGAAACAGUAAAUUAUCAUGCAAACCUCUUACAUUGAGAAUACAUCAAGAAAGUACUCUGAAUAGUUACAGAACUGUGUAUGAAAGCUGUAAUCUUUUUUCCUUUAAGUGCAUGUAAAGGUGAGUGACUAUAUCUCCCACUCAUUAGGGAGAGACUUGUUUGCUCUGUUUCAUUGGUGUCCUAGCAUAUAGUUCAUUACAAUUGUACAGACUUCUAUAAAUAAACUUGGUUUGUUGGUUUAAUAAGGUUGAUUAUGUUUA